AUGGGGCAUUGCGCCUCACGGGACCAAAAAGAUCAGAAGAAUUUGAACCGUCGAAUCGAUGAGCAAAUCAAAAAAGAUCAGUCAAUGUCACUUCGGAUCAUUAAACUUCUUUUAUUAGGAGCUGGCGAAAGUGGAAAAAGCACAAUACUCAAGCAAAUGAGGAUAUUACAUAAAGAUGGAUUUUCACAGCAAGAUCUAGAGAUGAUAAAACCAGUGGUUUAUAGUAAUUGCAUACAUUGCAUGCUGGCAAUUCUCAGAGCAAUGUUUCAUUUGCAAAUUGAAUAUGAGGACCCCGACAGAAUGCGCGACAGUCAACUUGUAUUUGCCACUGUUCAUACCAAAAAAGAAGAACUUGUUGAAGAGUUAUCAGCAGCAAUGCAGCGACUUUGGGCUGAUGGCGGUGUCAGGGAGUGCUAUAAACGAUCCAAUGAGUAUCAAAUCGAUGAUUCUGCCAAAUAUUUCUUAGACAGUUUGCCGAGGUUAAGCUCCCCUAAUUAUUUACCAACAGAGCAAGACUUACUACGGACGAGAAUUAAAACAACGGGAAUAACCGAAGUACAUUUCGAACUCAAAGGACUUACAUUCAGGGUGAUCGAUGUUGGCGGACAACGUUCUGAAAGAAAAAAAUGGAUACAUUGUUUUGAUAACGUAAAUGCGAUUAUAUUUAUAUCAUCAUUAUCAGAAUAUGACCAAACAUUACGGGAAGAUAAUUGCACGAAUCGAAUGCAGGAAAGUUUGAAGCUUUUUGAUUCAAUAUGUAAUAGCCCAUGGUUCUCCGAUAUUCAUUUCAUCUUAUUUCUAAAUAAAAAAGACCUUUUUGCUGAAAAAAUAACCCGCUCACCUUUAACGACAUGCUUUCCGGAAUACAAAGGACAUCAGAACCAAACGGAAUGUAUCAAUUAUAUACAAUGGAAAUUUGAACAACUUAAUAGAUCUCCUCAGCGAGAAAUAUAUUGUCAUCACACAUGCGCCACAGAUACAAACAACGUGCAGUUUGUUUUGGAUGCUUGCCUGGAUAUGAUUAUUGCUAGAAACUUGAAAUCAAUGGGACUUUGCUGA